CAUUAUUUCUCGUUUUUUUUUUCAGUUCUAGUACUAUAUUUCUAGCCUUGUGUUAGACUUGUAUACUGUGUGUAUACAUAAAUAUAUAUUGAACUAUAAAUAACAGAGAUCUCUAAAAUGGCAGAUGUCGGUUCGAAUCCCUUUGAGGCUUUGAGUGCAGUGAAUGCUUUAUCUCAACCUGCUGACAAGUAUAUUAACGAUUCUAGUAUCGAGCUUGCUUGGGCAAUCAAAGCACAUGAACAUGCAGAAGUAUUUUUCAAUCUCAUAACUUCAGUUGAUCCAUCACAUCUUCGUCUUUGCAGACAGGAUGAUGAUAUAUACAAGAAGUUUCGUGAUCAUUUUCCUGAUUUUAUAAUAGACAAAAUUGCUGAAGAAGAAAUGAAGUCGCCUGCGGCUAAAGAAAAAUGGCGGAAUUUUUGCACCGAAUUUAAAGGAGUGAUUCAAGACUUCAACUUUGGAACAAUGCUUCGUCUUGAUUGUAACGGAAUAUAUGAUUCAGUUAACUCUAUAUUUGUUACGAGAAUUCAGUUUUUGGCGAUUGAAAUUGCAAGAAACCGAGAAGGCUUCAAUAAACAUGUUUAUAAUGCUGCCUGUUUGAAAAAUAAGACCACAGAAGAGAAUAAGGACAGUUAGCACACAAAUCCACUCCAUGUAUCUUUUUCAUGUGAUUUCACUUUUGCGCUCUCUUGCAAUGUUUGUGGGAUUGUGCCUUUCCCUCUCAUGUCAACUGAUACCUGAGAGAUGCCACCUCGUCAUGCCUUGAUAGGAUACAGCUACACAGAUCUGUUUCUCACAAUCUUGUUGUUCAAACAAAGAUCCUUGCCUGCCAGAGUGCACAAGUGUGUCAGGCUGAUCAAUAUACAACAAGAUUCGAUGCUUUUCUGCAAAUAGUAUCUCCUUUACAAUGGUCAAGAUUCACGAAAAGCUGCACAAAGGCUGAUAUCGUUACAACAAGUUUAACUAGGAAUUGGAAAUUUGAGCAACCCAUGAUGCGCAGUUUAAUUUUGUCUCUGUAUAGGCCUAUAUUCUUGGAGAAAUCACUGUUUAAGGUCGUGUGGUCGUAUCUUUCAGUGUUAGGAGGAUAAAUUAUUUUGAACCAAUAAAAUUAUGAUGCAAUGUUUUA